AUGGCUACGUCCCUCCUCAUUCGUUCUUGCAUUGCCUUUUUCGCUCUUUUGCUUCUCAGCUCUCUCAUUCAGGCUCUUGAAGAUAUUGUGCGCCCUCCCAACACGCCUGUUAUUGGUGGCCCUCCAGGAUUGACAGAUAAUCAAGUCGCUAUCUUUUACCGCACAUUUCAAGAUGCCAUCUAUCUGGCUCGCCACACCGCUCUCUACUGGCCUUGUGAUGCUGCUAACGACGAAACCUUCACCCGUUAUUUCGAGCCAGGAGACGCCGAGUUCGUGAAGAACAUCUUCCGUGCGAUAGCCAACAUUGAUUUCGAUCUGGAUCUCUCUAAUCUAGAGACUGUCCAACAGCUGGCGGACGAACCUCUGACAUACAGCGAAAAGUUUACCCGUUUGUCGAUUUAUUUUCUCGGGAACCAUCCAGGAUUGAAACAACCUGGGGUUCCAGCAACCACCAUGGACUGCGAAGGGUCCUUCCCGUGGUUGGGCUAUGUGGUUCCCACAUCUGGCGGCGCUUCGGCAUUGAUGUCCGUCUGCAGGCUACUGUACCAGCAGGAGCCCAUGCUUCAAGACGUAGAAAAGGCACCAAACUGGGCAAUCGACCCAUCAAAGGAUCAAUCGAAUGGACCACAGUACUAUGACGGAUAUGGGUGUCAAAACCUGGGAGAUAUUGACACUAGUUGGCAGCGCAGCACCGGGGCUAUCAUGUUGCAUGAACUGAUGCAUUUCCCUGGUCUGUUCUCAGACGUCCCAGACUACGACGCGAACAUUGUGACUACAUACGAUGAGAACACCCCGCACUUCAUCUCAGACUUCUAUGGAGACUGGCCGAAAAAUGGAUAUGGGUCUUACAAUGCCGCGGAAGUCAAGAGAUAUCUUCCCCGAGACCAUGACUAUCUCGAAUGGAAGCCUAUUUACAAUGCGGACAACUACGUCUGUUAUGCACUGAGCAAAUACUACUCAAGAGUGUGUGGGAGAACAUUCGGAGAGGCACCGAGUCAAGACGCUGCGUGGCCAGGACGGCAGCCGCCAUCGAACCCCUUUGGUUAA